CGCGGACGGCAUGGCGGCGUCCGUGGAGCACGAUUCCCGGGAAAGCAUGGAUGCGCCCCAGACGGCGGUGGAGGUGGAAGAAACGAAAACAUUUAAAGACCUGGGUGUGACAGAUGUGUUGUGUGAAGCUUGUGACCAGUUGGGGUGGACAAAGCCCACAAAGAUCCAGAUUGAAGCUAUUCCUUUGGCCUUACAAGGUCGUGAUAUCAUUGGGCUGGCAGAAACUGGCUCUGGGAAAACCGGCGCCUUUGCUCUGCCCAUUCUCAACGCAUUGUUGGAGACACCCCAGCGUCUGUUUGCCUUAGUUCUCACCCCUACUCGGGAGCUGGCUUUUCAGAUCUCAGAGCAGUUUGAAGCCCUGGGGUCUUCUAUUGGGGUGCAGUGUGCUGUCAUUGUAGGUGGAAUUGAUUCAAUGUCCCAAUCUCUGGCCCUGGCCAAAAAACCACAUGUAGUGAUAGCAACUCCUGGCCGACUGAUUGACCACUUGGAAAAUACGAAAGGUUUCAACUUAAGAGCCCUCAAGUACUUGGUCAUGGAUGAAGCAGACCGAAUCUUGAAUAUGGAUUUUGAGACAGAGGUUGACAAGAUCCUCAAAGUGAUUCCCCGAGAUCGGAAAACAUUUCUCUUCUCUGCUACGAUGACCAAGAAGGUGCAAAAACUUCAGCGAGCGGCGCUAAAGAACCCUGUGAAAUGCGCCGUCUCCUCCAAGUACCAGACGGUUGAGAAGUUGCAGCAGUAUUAUCUUUUCAUUCCUUCCAAGUUCAAGGAUACCUACCUGGUUUAUAUUCUGAACGAGUUGGCUGGGAACUCCUUUAUGAUAUUCUGCAGCACCUGUAACAACACUCAGAGGACAGCUCUGCUACUCCGGAAUCUUGGAUUCACCGCCAUUCCCCUCCACGGACAGAUGAGUCAGAGCAAGCGCCUGGGAUCCCUUAAUAAAUUUAAGGCGAAGGCUCGUUCCAUUCUUCUAGCAACUGAUGUUGCAAGCCGCGGUUUGGACAUACCCCAUGUGGAUGUAGUGGUUAACUUUGACAUUCCUACCCAUUCCAAGGAUUACAUCCAUCGAGUAGGUCGGACGGCUCGAGCUGGGCGCUCUGGAAAGGCUAUUACCUUUGUCACGCAGUACGACGUGGAGCUCUUCCAGCGCAUAGAGCACUUGAUUGGGAAGAAACUGCCUGUCUUUCCAACCCAGGACGACGAAGUCAUGAUGCUGACAGAACGUGUCACUGAGGCCCAGAGAUUUGCCCGAAUGGAGUUAAGGGAGCACGGAGAGAAGAAGAAGCGCUCACGGGAGGAUGCUGGGGACAAUGAUGACACGGAGGGUGCGAUCGGUGUCAGGAACAAGGUGGCUGGAGGAAAAAUGAAGAAACGGAAAGGCCGUUAAUCUCUUUUGUAAAGACUUGGUUUCUGCCUUCUGCUCUGUGGAGAGGAUUGGAGAGAACGGGACCUCUUCCUCAGGCCAGUCUGCCAGCGUUGCGUCCAGACGGCCCGGCUCCUACAGUACCAGGCCCCUUCCGAGUGUUCGAGCGUUGUUGCUGUGGGACGUUGUCACAGUGCUGAUGUCGAGACUUGGACUGGCCUUCCACUGUGGUUAUUGGUUCUUGACAUGAGGAGCACGUGCUCUCCUGUCCCUUCACACAGACCUGUGCCUUUUUCAGCCGCAAGUCAAGGACUGGGCUAAUGAAGCCCUCAGCCUGUAAUUGUAGAGGAAAGGGAUGUUUAUAUCUAAAAACAGGGGUACUUAAGCAGUCUCAGCUUGUGUUUCAUGACUCUGAAUGGGAAAUCAUAAAUUUAAAUAUUAUUAUAAAAAAAAUUCAGACUCCUUCAAGACGUUUUUGUGUUAAAGACUUCAUAGGAGACUGCUGUGGGUGGACUUUCUCUGGUUGCGGCUAGCAUGGACUGCUCUUCAUUGCAGUGCACAGCUUUCUCGUUGCAGUGGCCUUGCCUGUCGGGGGGCACUGGCUCGGGGUGCCCAGCUUCAGUAGUUUCACCUCACGGACUCAGUAGUUGUGGCACAUGGGCUUAGUUGCUCCAAGGCAUGUGGAAUCUUCCCAGACCAGGGAUCAAACCUGUGUCCCCUGCAUUGGCAGGCAGAUUCCUAACCCACUGUGCCACCAGGGAAGUCUUCCAUGUACAUUUUAAUGGAAAGUGCAUGUUGUGUUUCUUGAAGUGUUUAGUAAGAAGUGAAAAGUAGAUGUCAGUAAAAUUCUCUGUGGGAAUCAAAUGUGGACCAUUGAUUGGAGGAAGAUCUUUGUAAAUAUGGUGAGUGGGGUGCCCACCACUCGGGGCUAAUUCUCCAUUAGUGUAUUUCCUGUUGGGACUCUCCAGAGCAGCUUAGAUAAUGGUAGCUCUGUCUCCCUCUGAGCCAGUGGAUAGAAGCCAAUGGAUGAUUGCUAUUUCAACUCAGUGGAAGACUUUAGAAGCAUGCUGAAUUUGAAUCAGGUUGUGGGUGGUGGGAUUCCCAGGUAGCUCAGAUGGUAAAGAGUCUGCCUACAGUGCUGGAGACCCAGGUUUGAUCCCUGGGUCAGUAAGAUCCCCUGGAAAAGGAAAUGGCAACCCGCUCCAGUAUUCUUGCUUUGAAAAUCCCAUGGAUGGAGGAACCUGACAGGCUAUAGUCCAUGGGGU